UGCACAAGAAUCCUCGCGCGGAUUUCGGAAAUCAAUGGAGGCCCUGGCUGCUGAAAUAGCCCGGAAGCGCAAAGCUCUCCAGGAAUGUGAGUUGGUCACUAAGGAGAAAAAGUAUUUUAAGCGGUCAGAACUUGCAAAAGUCGAGCAGCAGGAAUACCAAAGCAAAUGUCGAUACAAAACGAACAUUAUUUUGACAGAGGAUGAUAUGAAUUCUUCGAAUCUUCCUCAGUCGGUAAAUCCCUUUUUUCGAGUUGUGCAAUUUCAGACUCCUGAAGAAAACCUAUUACUUAAAAAAUUUGAAAAAGAGCGCGAAGAAAAAGCCAAGGGAAAAUUAAUGCCAAGACGAGAGGUUAUUAAACUUCUCCGUGAAAGAAAUCAACCAAUAAGGCUUUUUGGGGAGUCGGAUUAUGACACAUUUCAGCGGCUAAAACGCAUCCAAUUACUUGAGCCAGAAUCAAAAGGUCUGAGGAAUGAUUUGCUCGCUGCAAUGGACAAAGUUGACGAAGAUGAAGAUGAGGCCGUUUUCGGUGAUGUGCGCCACAAUCCAAGCGCUGCUGCUGCAACAGAUGGGGUUGCAAACCUGGAAGUCGCUAUUAAAAAGGAUUAUAUUCAUCCUGACGAAAUGGAAAUUUUGAAGGUCACAUUGUCAUCAUAUGUUAUGAUUCGAGAACCUAACGCAACUGACGAUGCCACAGCAGCUGCCACAAGCUUCGCGCGAGCUACACCCGAACAUCACGUUAAUAAGGCCAAUGACCACGCUGCUCGUGAAGAAGUGUCUGGUCUUGUGCUUCGAUACCUAAAGUUCCUUCUUUCACAAUGGGGCACAUUUUUGAACCUGCGUCCACGAGAAGUCAAACAAUCAUACUCCGGCAAAAUGGCCAGUGCAACUUACAAUCAAACGUUGGAGUACAUAAAGCCACUUUUUAAACUAUUAAAGACAAAGCGAUGCCAAGAUGACAUCCUAGACUCUCUUGUUAAAGUUGUUGUUUUGCUCAUGGACAGGAAUUACCUAAAGGCUAAUGACGCCUACUUGGAUCUCGCGAUCGGCAAGGCCCCCUGGCCCUUGGGCGUCACCAACCAUGGUAUCCAUCAGCGAACGGCUCAGGAUAAAAUUCACGCCAAAAACGUUGCACACGUUCUCAACGACGAGACGCAACGAAAAUUCAUCCAGGGUAUCAAACGACUGAUGACUCGUGCCCAGGAAUUCUUUCCUACCGACCCCUCCAGAUGUGUCAACUACAUGAAGGAGCCACUAAAUGCUCCUGUUACUUCCUGA